UCUGACCUGCCCGACAUGGAGGAUCAGAGGAGCCGCAGCUCGGGAGACCUUCUCAAGAGGGCGGCGACAGAAACGGGACUGCGGCUGCGCACGAGGGAGGGGCCAGAGAGCGGAGCUCCUCCCAGCGGCGACGGCCCGGGCCCAGUGCGCCUGCGCCGAGCGGCUCGAGUGCGCCUGCGCCGAGCGGCCCUGCGCGCAGUGAGCCUGUGGCGAGGGACGGAGAAGGAGCCGCCGAGGCCGAGUGUGGGCCGGAGCCGGAGACGAGGCGGAGCCGGGGCCGGAGCCAGAGCCGGAGGCGAGAGCAGGGAGGCGGCGGAGCAGGCCCCGGACGGAGCGCGGCGCGAGCGAGAGAGAAGGCGAGCGGCCGCGAGGGUGACCCGGGCGAGGCCGGCGGCCUGCCAGCCUGUCGGUCAGCCCCGGCCCCGACCCCUCGGUCCCCGCCGCCGCCGCCGCCCGGGCCUCGGGCUCCCCGGGCCCGGCGCCGCCCGGCCCCGGCCCCGGCGGACGAGCGAAGGCGCGAGUGAGCGCCGGCCUCCCGGCCCCCCGAGCCGGCCCGGCCGGAGGAUGACGGAGCUGCAGUCGGCGCUGCUCCUGCGGAGGCAGCUGGCAGAGCUCAACAAAAAUCCAGUGGAAGGCUUUUCAGCUGGUUUAAUAGAUGACAACGACCUGUACAGAUGGGAAGUCCUGAUCAUCGGUCCCCCGGACACUCUGUAUGAAGGGGGCGUUUUCAAAGCUCAUCUCACUUUCCCAAAAGACUAUCCCCUCAGACCACCAAAAAUGAAGUUCAUCACGGAAAUCUGGCACCCAAACGUUGACAAGAACGGCGACGUGUGCAUUUCCAUCCUCCACGAACCCGGGGAAGACAAGUACGGCUACGAGAAGCCGGAGGAGCGCUGGCUCCCCAUCCACACGGUGGAGACCAUCAUGAUUAGCGUCAUCUCUAUGCUGGCGGACCCCAAUGGAGACUCACCCGCCAAUGUGGACGCAGCCAAAGAAUGGAGGGAAGACCGAAACGGAGAGUUCAAAAGGAAAGUCGCCCGCUGCGUGAGGAAAAGCCAAGAGACAGCUUUUGAGUGACCUUCACCGAGCAGCUCGUAGAUUCACUUUUUCAGGGUCUUCACUUGGGAAACACGGCACUCUCCCCACCUAGCUGGAUUUAUGUCGUAACGAGUUGGCAAACACUGGCUGCAGCUGGGCUGCCACCGACCCCGCCAGUCGCCAGUGCUGACAAGAGCUUACCAAGUGCCAACCUCGAGACGAUGACGCAUUUUGGAUUCUGAUGAACUGCUUUAACCUUCAGGAAGAACUGUAAAGACGUGUACAUAGCCCAGCGCGAGCCGGAGAACACCUUGGCUGUCCACGCCCGCCCCCACCCGCGGUGUACCAAAUGACGCUCUCCUAGGUAGACUAAGAAUCGUGUACAUUCGACAGAUUUUAGCAGGUUUUCUUUCCCUCUUCGUUGUUUCUUUAUCAGUUUAAAGAGACUUCUUAAAGCAUGUCAGAUUAAACCAAUUAGGAGUAAACGUGUCCAUUUAAUUUUCCUUUAAACCAUUGAGGCUUCAUUAAACGCUUUCAUUUACUAGACUUGGGUACUUUCUUUGUUGGGAAACGCCUCCCGGGCUCCCGCCCGCCCGCUUCCGAUCGGGAGACUCCGACCCGCCUGAGGACCUGCCAGGGACGGCCAGCCCGCGGUGCUCUCCUCGGCACCCGAUCACGCACGUCUUCGAUCGGGUGUAGCAAUAAUCUCCCUGGCCGUCACGCGCCCGCUCUCCCGGGCCGGAGUCCGGAUCGGAACUGGCCCCAGGCCUUCGGGUCCGAGUGUGGCCGGCCCGAGCCCCCCCCCCCGCCCCGACAAGUUCCUGGCCGGCAAUGGAAGGCGCUGUGCUCCCCGGGCCCCCCGCUUCUCCCCCCGAUGUACAAAGAAAUGGCGAUGUAUAUUUUCAUGUAAUUUGAUUUUUGGAAUUGUCACCUUCUGUAGCGGGUUCUUCCGAAAUAUACUUUUUUCCAAUAACUGUCGCUCGUUGACUUUUCUGUACCGAAUAAAGCCCCCGCUCUGCAUCCCCGGGAAGGGCACUUUAGGGAAAUCUCAGGGCGACUCCUUAUGCAAACCGAAUACUUGAACCCCCGCGGGCGCGGGAGGCUGCCGGGGAGAGCCCGGGCGCCCAGCCGGCACAGAGCGGUUAUUGUCCACGCGCGCCCCUCCUGGGGGGGGCCGGAGCAGAGAAUCUUCUGGCAGAGCAGGGGUGAAGCCCCUUGGAACUUAGCCGGCCCCGCGGCUGCUACUGUGUCCCCACAGGGCCUCCUGGGAAGGUAAAGCGCGCGGUCCCAUUGGAGGGCCCAGAGCCUCCUGGAAGGGAAGAGGGCUGCGGCGGUGCGAAAGGAGCCCGAUGUCAGCUGUCAGUGUCGCGCCUCUCCGGGGGGCUCUUCUUGGCCCCCCCUGCCCUUCCCCCGCUCUGAGGAGGCCGGCCGCCCCCUGUGGUGCCCAGGGAGCCAUCGGGACUCGCGCCCUCCUGCGGUGGCCGGGGGCCGUCACCUGUGCCUUCUUUUCCAGUCGGACGCCGCGGAAGCCUUGGGGCAGCCUUCGCCUCCGCCCUCCCCGGGAGCGGGAGGCGACUUUCUCUUCUGCUCGGUGCCACAGACACGUGACCGGCAGGACUCUGGAACUGUGGGCUCUUUGUGACCCUCCCGGGCCCCGGGAUCUGGGGGGCACCCGCCCACCCUGGCGGGGCCGAGGGGGACCUGGCGGGCGCAGGAAUCCCGGGCAUUGGCCCCGAGCUUGGCGCGGCCCCCUGCGACGUUGGACUGGCUCGCUCGGCCUCUUGUUCCUGGUUGUGCGGCUCACUGAUUGUACCCUGCUGUGCGUUGUCGGAGGUUGACCGUUCUGUAAAGCGCUCUUGUCUGUCACUCAAUAAAGGAUGACUUCCA